UGUAGCUUGCUUCACUGAUUUCUUCUACAAGUUAAGGGAGGAAGUUUCUCGAACAACAUGUCUGGAAGAGGUAAAACCGGCGGAAAAGCCCGCGCCAAAGCAAAGACUCGCAGCUCCCGUGCUGGUCUGCAGUUCCCCGUCGGCCGUGUGCAUCGUCUCCUGCGUAAAGGCAACUAUGCUGAGAGGGUCGGCGCUGGUGCUCCUGUGUAUCUGGCCGCCGUGCUCGAGUACCUCACCGCUGAGAUCCUCGAGUUGGCGGGAAACGCUGCGAGAGACAACAAGAAGACUCGCAUCAUCCCUCGCCACCUUCAGCUGGCUGUCCGUAACGACGAGGAGCUGAACAAACUGCUCGGCGGAGUGACCAUCGCCCAGGGUGGUGUUCUCCCCAACAUCCAGGCCGUGCUUCUGCCCAAGAAAACUGGCCAGGCUGUGCCCAGCUCCGGUAAAUCGGGAAAGAAGGGAUCUUCUCAGUCACAGGAGUAUUAAGAGAAAUGCUGAACUGAGUUAAUGCACCCAAAGGCCCUUUUAAGGGCCACCCAGUUAUUCAGAAAAGAGCAAGUUCCAGGUGUCUGAAAUAUCUAGUCUAUAUAGAGCCUUUUUACUUUGACUUUUUUUUUUUUUCUCCGUGUAAAUAAAAGUUUUGUUUUGUUCUGAUAAGA